UUCAUAAAACAUAUGUACAUCAUUGAAGAAAUCCAUUCAAGAUAUUAAAGAAAAACAGAAAAAAAAGAAAAUCCAUUGAUUUUGACAACAACAAGUAAAAAAGCAAGCAAGCAAGAUCCCGCAGCUGGAUAAGCGUCAACUUCGCUUCAGAGAAAAAGUUUCAACGAACCGAGAAAAUACUUUUAAAGGCGAAUUUUCCAGGGAACAAUCAAAGCACAACGCUUCAAUCGCAAUAGUUUCAAAUGCUUCGUUUUACGGGUAAAGUGCUUCAUCGUGGCACGCGCAUCAGCCACCAACUGGUGGGUCUGGGGUCGCGCUACUAUGCCAAGGAUGUGAAGUUUGGUCCCGAGGUGCGGGCGAUGAUGCUGCAGGGCGUCGAUGUGCUGGCGGAUGCUGUGGCCGUGACUAUGGGGCCCAAAGGACGCAAUGUGAUCAUUGAACAGCCCUGGGGGUCGCCAAAGAUCACGAAAGACGGUGUAACUGUGGCCAAAUCCAUUGCGCUGAAGGAUAAAUUUCAAAAUAUUGGCGCGAAACUGGUGCAGGACGUGGCCAACAAUACGAACGAGGAGGCUGGCGAUGGCACCACAACAGCUACGGUUCUGGCACGUGCCAUUGCCAAGGAGGGCUUCGAGAAAAUCUCACGGGGUGCCAAUCCGGUGGAGAUACGACGUGGCGUCAUGCUGGCCAUUGAGACGGUUAAGGAGAAUCUGAAGAAUAUGUCGCGGCCGGUGAAUACGCCCGAGGAGAUCGCGCAGGUGGCCACCAUAUCGGCCAACGGCGACAAGUCGGUGGGCAAUCUGAUCAGCGAAGCCAUGAAAAAGGUGGGUCGUGACGGCGUUAUUACCGUGAAGGAUGGCAAGACCCUCAUCGAUGAGCUGGAAGUGAUCGAGGGCAUGAAGUUCGAUCGGGGCUACAUUUCGCCGUACUUCAUCAACUCUUCCAAGGGCGCCAAGGUGGAGUUUCAGGACGCACUCCUGCUUUUCUGCGAGAAGAAAAUCAAGUCGGCGCCGAGCAUUGUCCCUGCCCUGGAGCUGGCCAAUGCCCAACGCAAGCCGCUGGUGGUCAUAGCCGAAGACAUUGAGGGAGAGGCGCUCAGCACCAUGGUAGUGAACCGUCUCAAGGUUGGACUGCAGGUGUGCGCUGUGAAGGCGCCUGGCUUUGGCGACAACCGCAAGGACACGCUCAACGAUAUGGCCGUAGCCACUGGUGGUAUUGUUUUUGGUGAUGAAGCUAAUCUGGUGCGUCUUGAGGAUGUCAAAAUGAGCGACUUUGGACGCGUUGGUGAGGUUGUUGUGACCAAAGACGAUACCAUGUUGCUGAAGGGUGCUGGACAGCGAGAGCGCAUCGAUAAGCGCAUUGAGGACCUGCGCGAGUGCAUUAAGGAGACGAAGUCGAACUAUGAAAAGGAGAAAAUGCAGGAGCGUUUGGCCCGACUCUCCUCGGGCGUGGCUCUUUUACGUGUGGGCGGCUCCAGCGAUGUAGAGGUGAACGAGAAAAAGGAUCGCGUUCACGAUGCUCUCAACGCGACCCGCGCUGCCGUCGAGGAAGGCAUUGUACCGGGCGGGGGAACAGCCUUGCUUCGUUGCAUUAGCAAGCUGAACGAUGUGAAGGGUUUGAACGAGGACCAAACCAUGGGCAUCGAGAUAAUUCGUCGUGCUCUGCGCAUGCCUUGCCUCACCAUAGCCAAGAAUGCGGGUGUGGAUGGCGCCAUGGUUGUGGCCAAGGUUGAAAUACUAGAUGGAGACUACGGCUACGACGCUUUGAAGGGCGAAUAUGGCAACAUGAUCGAGCGCGGCAUCAUUGAUCCCACAAAGGUGGUGCGCACCGCCAUUACAGAUGCCGCUGGUGUGGCUUCCCUACUUACCACUGCCGAGGCUGUUGUCACCGAGCUGCCACUCGAGGAGGCCAAUGCCAUAGGCGGUGGAGGCAUGGGUGGCAUGGGCGGUAUGGGCGGCAUGGGAGGCAUGGGUGGCCUCGGCAUGUAAACCAUCAUACCCAACACUAACAAACCAACACCAAGAUCUGCUCUUACAACACUCUUCUACACUAAAAGCGUCCGACCUUCUGCACAUUUUUACAAAUUUUCAGUCGUACUCUUUACUUUUUACAAAAUGCGCUGCCCUACACUGCUUACUAAUGAAUUGUUGUAUCACACUUAACAACACUAAACUAAUCUAGCCUUUUAGAAAAGCAACUUGACUCAACAUUUUUGCCGCCUUCUGUACACGUCGCUAAAAAAUUCAGACAAGUAACUGUAAUUUUAAUCUAUUUAACUAUAAUCGCCAAUAAUUGUCAGUAACGGUUUCAAUUCAAAAUAAAUGUGUGAAUUGAAAUUAAAAAAGUA